CAAUCAUUGGCAUGUUGAGCCCCAACCUCUUGCUGCAAUAUUUUAAAGAAGAAUUGUUAAUAAGCAUCACCUUCUCUCACUUUCUGAGCAGUUCUCAUAUAAAAUCCGCCUUCGACGCAAUUAAGCUUCUAGGCUGCUCGGUUUCCUGUCCCAACAACAUCAUUUCUUCACCAAAUUUCUCCGGCUGCUGUAAUUAUACUCUCCUUUUUUUCCCUCUUUCUUUGCUUGGAAAACUCGGAUCGAGUCCAACGUUGUGGAUUUUGCCAAGAUGGGGUCUGCGGAGAGAUCAAAGAAGAAGGUCCAGUUGUGGAAGAAAGCCAUAGUCCACUUCUCUUUAUGCUUCGUCAUGGGAUUCUUCACCGGCUUCGCUCCCACGGGUAAGGCCACGACGUUCGCCGGCCGACCCCUUAUGUCCAACAAAGUGGUCUCCUCUCCGCAACCUGCGGAACUAUUGGACCCGACACUGACGACAUCUUCGCAUGUCAAUUCCAAUAGAAGCUUGAUUUCCGAGGCAACGGAGCGGGCCUCGGAGAAAACCCACGCCGAACCUGAAGAGGAAGAUCUCUUGGAAAACGAAGGUAGUCAAUUAGAAGAAGCUGAAUUUCCGGAGGGAAACAACAAGCUUGUCCCUAGGAGGCUCCUGAUCAUUGUCACACCCACCACAAGUGGCUCAAGAAACCAUCCAUUUACGGGAGUGCUGCUGAGAAGGUUGGCGAAUACCAUAAAGUUGGUCCCUCAACCAUUGCUGUGGAUCAUCGUCGAAAAGCGGUCGGAUUCCGACGAAGUGUCGGAGAUCAUGCGGAAGACGGGAAUCAUGUAUCGGCACUUGGUCUUCCGCGAGAACUUCACGGACCCAGAUGCAGAGAUGGACCACCAGCGGAACGUCGCUCUGCGGCACAUCGAACACCACAAGCUCAGCGGUAUCGUUCACUUCGCCGGGCUCUCGAACGUCUAUGAUCUGGACUUCUUCCAGGAGCUCAGAGAGAUUGAGGUGUUUGGGACGUGGCCGAUGGCGGUGCUAUCAGCGAACCGGAAGAAGGUGAGCAUAGAAGGGCCGGUGUGCGACUCGUCCCAAGUGCUGGGAUGGCACCUGAGGAAGAUGAGCAACGAAACCCCGGCCACGAGCGAAUCGAGCGCGAGGCCUCCCAUUCACAUCUCCAGCUUCGCAUUCAACAGCUCCAUCCUUUGGGACCCUGAACGAUGGGGUCGCCCUUCUUCCGGUCAACCCAACUCUCAGGACUCCAUGAAGUUCGUGAAGGAAGUGGUUCACGAAGACGAGACCAAAGUGAAGGGACUUCCGGGAGAAAAGUGCUCCAAAAUCAUGCUGUGGCACCUUCGCUAUCCGCCCGCUCGUCAUCGUCAUCAUCAUCCCUCGACAGUUCCGUCAGAAGCUGAUUCUCAACGAUGAGAAGGAAAGCUAUGAGAAGUAAAUAAAACGAUGUUUAUCUCCUGUCGUGUUCUCGAAGUUGAACGGGUUAUUCUUUUGGGUUUGUAUACUCUCGAAGCGUAUUGUAGAGCUAUAGAAUCGUUUCGGUUUUGAAUCA